AUGCGGGGCGCUCGCCGGCGGCUUGCCGCCCUGAUCCUCGCGUACGGGCUCUUCCUCUACGCGGCCUACACCGUGUUCCUGCCGCGCCGUCGGACCCCCUCGCCGCACCGGGACCGCCGCGGCCAGCGAGGUUUCACAAAUCAUGUUGCCUUGGGAAACGAAUGGAAUCCAUGGGAAGAGGACGAGAAGAACGAGCUGGCUGCUUCUCAGCAGAGAUAUGAAGCUAAUCUUAAGAUGAUAAAAUAUGCAAGAUCUCGCCUAGAACAGACCAGUCUUAGAGUACAGAUUUGGGGAAAAGCAGCAAUUGGUCUUUACCUUUGGCAGCAUAUUUUUGGAGGGCACCUUGAGCCAGCUGAUGUGACUGCACAGUGGAGAGAAGGAAGCCAAAAAGCAGGAAAAACAUAUUUCAGCUUCCUCACCGGCCCAUCUGUAGUUCCUGGCUACUUCUCGGUGGAAGCGGAGCAUGUCGUGCUCGUGCUGAACGGGAGGGAACAGGCGAAGGUGGCGGCCGCCAUCCAGUGGCUGCACUACGCACAAACGCUAAUUCAGACCCACAAAAUCCGGCACGUGGCGGUGGUGCUGCUUGGAAACGAGCAGUGCAACAACGGAUGGAUUCAGCCAUACCUGAAAAGAAACGGAGGAUUUGUGAAUCUGCUCUUUAUUACCUAUGACUAUGCGUUCGUAAAUGAAGAAGAUAUUUUCCAGUGGCCUUUGGGAGUAGCUACCUACAGAAAUUUUCCAGUUAUAGAACCCAGCUGGUCAAUGCUACAUGAUCCAAGAUCAUAUCUAUGUAAUUUCUUAGGGACAGUUUAUAAGAACUCUUCUAGAGAAACCCUAAUGGAAAUUCUGAAGCAGGAUGGGCUUGACAAACUUUGCUGGAUUGCAGCCAGAGAACAGUGGCAGCCUCAAGAAACAAAUGAAAGUUUCAAAAACUAUCAAGAUGCCUUGCUGCAAAGUGAUUUGACAUUGUGCCCAGUGGGAAUAAAUACAGAAUGUUACAGAAUUUAUGAAGCUUGUUCCUAUGGAUCUCUGCCUGUUAUAGAAGAUGUAAUGACACCGGGUGAUUGCGGAAAUUCAUCAAUGUACCACAGUGCUCCAUUACAGUUAUUGAAAACCAUGGGGGCUCCAUUUAUCUUUAUUAAAAACUGGAAUGAGCUUCCUGCUGUUCUAGAGAAAGAAAAAAAAAUGAGCUUACAAGAAAAGAUUCAAAGGAGAAGAAAGCUUUUAGAAUGGUAUCAAAACUUCAAAGCAUGGAUGAAACAGAAAUUCAUUAUUACUUUGGAAAAUUCAUUUUUGCCCAGUGAUAAAGGAUAAAUUGUCCCUUUUGAAAAUCUAGAAUAGAUUGCCAGCUUAAUUUCCAUUAACCUUCUGAGGCAGCUUUUACAGAAAAGUAAUCUCACAGGGUGGAUGUGUUCCUUUUAUAGUCAACAGAAUUGCUCUAGCUUGGCCAAGAACUUAAUUUGUCCUUUCAUU